AUGAAUCCCGUUAACUUCACGCACAAGACCAAUGAGACGCUGGCGGCGGCGCACGAGAUGGCGUCGGAGGCCGGCCACGCGCAGCUCACGCUGCUGCACCUGGAAGCGGCGCUGGCGGCGGACAAGGGCGGCAUCCUGCGCCAGGCCAUCAAGGGGGCGUCGGGCGGCGAUGGGACCGCCGGGGACUCGUUCGAGUGCGUGCUGGCCAACGCUCUCAAGAAGCUGCCGUCGCAGUCCCCGCCGCCGAACUCCGUCCCGGCGUCCACGAGUGUAGCUAUAAACUUCUCUAAUUUGGACAAAUCCCCGAAGUAUCCAUUGAUCACCGGCGCAUCAGCAAAGUCGAGCUCAGUUUCCGAUGCUGACUCAGCAAGCCACUGCGAGCCCGGCACGCUGAACAGCAGCAAGGUCCAAGGGAAGAUCGUGCUGUGCAGCCACUCGCAGGGCAACACGUCGAAGCAGGCGAAGGCCGACGAGCUGAAGAGCGCCGGAGCGGCCGGGUCCAUCUUCGUGAACGACGCCGAGAAUGCGGUGGCCACCACCUACCUCGACUUCCCGGCGACCGAGGUCACCUCGGCGGCCGUCGAGGCCAUCCGCAAGUACAUCGCCUCCACCAGCCAACCGGUGGCGACGAUCACGCCGGCGGCCACCGUGACGGAGUACAAGCCAGCGCCCGUGGUGGCCUACUUCUCGUCGCGGGGCCCGUCGGCGCAGACCGGGAACGUGAUCAAGCCGGACGUCGCGGCGCCGGGGGUGAACAUCCUGGCGUCGUGGAUCCCGACGUCGUCGAUCCCGGCAGGGCAGGCGCAGGCCUCGCAGUUCAAGCUCGUCUCCGGGACGUCCAUGGCGUACCCCCACGUCGCCGGCGCCGCCGCGACCGUCAAGGCGUGGAGCCCCGCGUGGAGCCCCGCCGCGAUCCGGUCGGCCAUCAUGACCACAGUCUCUCAUCAUGUCCGGUCGAUCCGCCGCGCGCGGCAGCGACGCAGCUGGACAACACGCCUCAUCUCCGAGCUCAACUGCCCGUCGAUCGCCGUGUCGAGGCUCGGCAAGGCCGCAGGCGGCGGCCGGACGGUGACCCGCGCCGUCACCAACGUCGGGGCGCAGGAGGAGGCCACCUACACGGUCGCCGCCAGCGCGCCGGCCGGCCUGGACGUGAAGGUGACGCCGAGCAAGCUCGAGUUCACCCAGGGCGUGAAGACGCUGGCCUUCCAGGUGAGCUUCUCCGGCGGGAAAGACGCGGUGGCGGCGAAGAAGGGCGCCAUGUCCGGCUCCAUUACAUGGUCGGAUGGAAAGCACAUAGUUCGCAGCCCAUUUGUGGUGACCAGCUGA